AUGAAUAGACUCUUCGGCGCAAAGAGUUCGGCUCCCAAGCCAACUCUAAACUCUGCCAUCUCAAAUGUCGACGAACGAGUCUCCUCAAUCGACGUCAAGCUCGCCGCCAUCAACGCCGAGCUCCAAGGCUACCAAACCAAACUCUCCAAGAUGCGCGACGGUCCAGGUAAGACAGCCAUCAAGCAGAAAGCACUAAAGGUUCUCCAGCGGAGGAAGAUGUACGAAGGACAACGCGAUCAGCUCCAACAGCAAGUCUGGAACAUGGAACAAGCGGGCAUGAUGCAAGAUAACCUCAAGAACGUCAUGACGACAGUAGACGCCAUGAAGCAGACAAACAAGAGCUUGAAACAGCAGUACGGAAAGAUCAACAUCGAUAAGAUUGAGCGCAUGCAAGACGAGAUGGCGGAUCUGAUGGAUAUUGGAAAUGAUAUCCAGGAGAGUAUAAGUCGCAGUUAUGAUAUUCCAGAGGAUGUCGAUGAGGCUGAAUUGGAUGCUGAACUGGAGGCUUUGGGUGAGGAAGUGGAGUUUGAGAAUUUCGGCGCGGAAAGUACGCCUAGUUUCAUGGUGGAUGAGGUGCCACAGUUCAUCGAUGAGCCACCUCAGACGACUGGCCAGGUUAAGGAAGCCGCUGGAUAG